AUGCAUCAAAAGCUGGCUGUGAUGAGGAACCGUCUCAGGUCUAAAAUAUUUGAUCGACUCAGUGAAUUUAUCAGGGAUCAAGCUGAACAGUUUCCGGUCAAGGAAAUUCGGAAGGCCAUCGAUAGUUAUCUGGAUGAUUUGGAUCCGCAAAAGAUGCGAGAGGAAAAGAUGACACUGGAACCAAUAACACGAGUUUUGGCAAAAUUUGAAAAUGGCACAGAAGGGCAUACAGCAUUGGUUUUGGACGAUCUCCUUGGACACUACCACAAAAGCGAGGAGUUCUUCCAGGAACAUCAGUAUGACAAAUGUGUGUCAAAGCUUCUUUUGAAGGUCAGUGACACUGAACGCUGCGUACGGAUAAUUUGUUCGCACACAAAGGUUAACGAAAAAAAUUUGCUAGCGAUGAAAAUUCUGCGACGUAUUAGUGAUAAUCGAAGUUUAAUUCUGCGCUUAUCGCCGGUGCUGGAGAAAAUCGCUAGUUUGGCUAAAAGCGAGAAUUUGGACUUGGCACAUGCCGCUAGAGCUUUGCUGAUCGAAGCAGAAACACCAACAUAUACUGAAAUCAAAAUAAGGGGAUCCUCUCCAAGUCCAACAAAUUUGGAGAAGUAUGACAUAUUGUUCGAAACUUUUGAUAGUAAUUUCGAUUCGGUGCUUAAAUAUGUGACUGUUUGUUGCGGCGUCCCAGAGGCUUCAAUAAGGCGUUUGAAUGAUGGUCAUCCUCAUGAUGUCCAGUUUCCAAUUCCGAUACGAAAAAUUGCGUAA